UUUUGGCUCAAACCUUCCUUCCAUAAGACGACACCGAAACAUUCACAGCUUGUUCAAUGUGGGCCUUUCUGCAACUUCCUGCCCUGGUGACUCUUCUCGAAGUGACCAGGACGGUUUCCGUUUCGGACAACGGCUGUGUCCAAGCUGGCCCGGAGAGCCCUGAAGACCAGGACUUCUUCUUGCAGCUUGCUCUUCAUUUAGAUGCGCCCAGCACCGAGGAGGUGCAGCACUUGGUGUCACUUUUACUCGUGGCACGAAAGGAGUGUCCCAAGGCCACAGAAGCCUGUCUUCCUGCUCUCUCAGAGCUUCGUCUUGCUGUGUGGCCGCAUGUGCAAGCCGAGACGAACUCUUCUUUCCUACCAUGGAUGCCGAGCGGGCAUCUAGACAACGUGGCUGAUGAGGACACGCAGGGUGGUGGUGUAUCAAGCACGAGGUCCAUGUUCUAUCGCCACGUGUUCAAGGCUGCUGGUAUAAAUACGUGGGCAAAUUUGCACCAAGUUACAAGGGACUUUUAUCGAGCACCCUAUGCUGCCACAUGCAAGCACUUUCAUCUCGUUGAUGCUACCCGACGCACAGCUUUCGCUUUCGUCAGAGAUCCAAUAUCCCGCUUCAUUUCCGGUUACUCAGAGCUUGAAUAUCGAUCUCGUGCUGCGAUCGGCUGGCCCAAGUUGGAAAACUUGUCCCAGGCGCUACAAGGGCAUCCAGUAGGCAGCCCCGAGCGAGCCGCAGCUUUCUUUAUCGAGUUCUUGCAAAGUGGAAUUGAGAACAAUGGUCACGUGCGACCGCAGAUCGAAUUCUUUCUUCCAGUUGGUGGCUGUUCAAUCCCAAUGGACUUUAUUGGCAGAACCGAGCAUUUGCCAGACGAUUGGGUCAAGAUGUUUGCAUUGCAAAACGAAACUGUUCCACCCUUUGACAAUGCGCUGGCCACGCACUACCACGAUGAUCGUGACAAAAAGGGUAUGGAGAGCUUUCUGGGUGUGGCAAGGGCAGACUCCACGGACGCAAGCGCGCCUCAUACUGGAAGCAGAUAUUUGCGAGCGCUUUGCUGGCUUUUCUUAGCAGACUUCGCAGUUUUUCAGUAUGAAAUUCCGAAUGAGUGUCAGCAGGAGCCGAUGAAGAGUGUAUUGGCACUUGUGCGCAAGGCCUCGAAGGCUUCAUGAUGCACGACGAUCGGUG